UCUCUCAUCAUAUAGCUUAGCCUUAGACCGUGUGCUAGCUCGGAAGAACAACCAAGAGGGAGAGGAGCAUAGAGCAUGCAAACCCUAUUGAUCCUGAGUUAGGGCUUUCUGUUCUUUCUUUAAGUUGUUGUACUUUUUCUUAUUUUAUCUAUAGCAAACUAGGGAAAAUAUGUGUAGUAGAGGGCAUUGGAGACCCGCUGAGGAUGAUAAACUUCGAGAGUUGGUGGAACACUACGGACCCCAUAAUUGGAACGCUAUAGCUGAGAAGCUCCGAGGAAGAUCAGGGAAGAGUUGCAGGUUGAGAUGGUUCAACCAGUUGGACCCACGAAUAAAUAGAAGUCCUUUCACAGAGGAAGAAGAAGAACGUCUUGUAGCUUCUCACCGGAUUCAUGGUAAUAGAUGGGCAGUGAUUGCUAGACUUUUCCCUGGAAGAACUGACAACGCUGUCAAGAAUCAUUGGCAUGUCAUGAUGGCAAGGGUUCGUCGUGAAAGAUCUAAACUUUAUGCUAAACACCCUGCACUUCCUCGAACAAACCCUCACCAUAACUCUAACUAUGACACAACAACCUUCGCUUCUAGUUUUGUUGACAAGUGUAGCCCUUUCCAAUUUACCAACAACCUUCACUUUCGAGUUCCAAGUUAUUGUUCCACAAUGCUUCAAGAUAGGAGUCAAUCAGUUGAGUUCUACGAUUUUCUUCAAGUAAACACCGAUUCGAAUAAAAGCGAAGUGACGGACAAUGUCAAGAGAGAUGAUGAGGAAGUAAAUCAAGAUGCUGCGGGAUCGAAGAACAAAGAAGAUGUUUCAUUCAUUGAUUUUUUGUCUGUUGGAAGCUCCUAACAUCAUUGCAAAAGAUCACCCAUUUGCACCAAUUAAGCCAGCUGACUAGAAUUAAGUCUCACCCUAAAUACACACAUGCAUGCACAC